GUAAUAAACGUCCACAAUAAUCCAGACAGAUAGCUGCCUGCCGGAGAUAAAAGGAUAUUUACAGCAGAUUUUCCAGAGCUGCUCUUCAUUACAUGUCGCUUUUUCUGCUCUAGACACAUUCAGGGGAGUUUAGAAGGCAGAAUUAAAAUGCAGCUUUGCUCUACUUUUCUCAGGUUCUCGUCAAACUGUUGAUGUUACUGCUGUUGAUCUUACGGGCUUUCCGAGCAGCAGUCAGGGGAACUCAUCCCAGGAAAACUGCAGGACGUUAUUGGAUUUUUGUUGGGAAUCCGGAGCCGCUCAUAAUGCAGCAGCAGUUCAAAGAAAACUGGAAAAUGGAUUGUUAAAUGAAAAGAUGUGUAAGAUUCCUAAAAGCAUCUCCAUAGAAGCUGACGUGUUUUAAGUGUGUCUGGAACUGGAAUAAAUGGCUGGGGAGAUGGAAGUCCCUUCUGAAGCUGCUACCUCCGCCAGGUCUGUACUGUGAAACGACAAGAUCCAAAGGUGAUAGUCUGGUCCUGCAGAACCACUGUUAAACCACUGUGGACAGCAAUACGACUUCUUCCCCUCCAGGUCACAUUGGCAAUUUUCUUUUUUAAGUUAACACAACUUCUGUUAAGUAAUUGAUGCUCUUAACUGGAUUUAGGAAGCUAAGGCAACAUUGGUUCCUGCUACUUUUCUGAUGGUAGCAAGCAUCAUCACUGUCACUGUCAGUGAGGGAUCUGCAGCAGGCUCAAAAUGCCAGUAUGCCUAUUACUCAGGACAACGCCCUCAGCAUUCUGCUGCUGCUGGAGGACUGGCUCAGGGCUCAGAUGGUGAGCUCUAGCAAUACUGACAACAUAAAAGAAGACAGUUUGGAAUACAAGGAUGAAGAGUGCCACAAUGGAGAAGAAGAAGAAGAAGACAGUGUUUGUGGCAGUAUUCAGUUGGAUGAUCUGCCCUUGUGUCUGGCUGCCGCUCAGAAAUUGGUGGAGUAUAUUAAGUUAAAUUUCAUGGAGAGUGACACAGCUCUCUCAGCUCCAGGCUCCUGUUGUAGGAAGGGACUUGAUGUCGAAGUUCAUGCUGUGUCCUUCAGAAAAAAUGAGGACAAUACUGCUGAAUUUGGCCUGAGCUUUGGGAACAUCCCUGUUUUUGGGGAUCCUGAUAUCAGAAAAAAAGGCUCUUCAAGGAAAAAGAGAGAGGAGGGCCCCAUUGUCGACGUCGGCUGCAUCUGGGUGACAGAGGUGAAAAAGAAAAGCCCAGCAGCCUGUUGUAGGUGUAUCAAACUCAGAGAUGAAUUGCUGUCAGUAAAUGAACAACUCAUGGUGGGAGUUAAUGUCAGCGGAGCCAGCUACCUGGUCGAUCAGUGCUGGAAUGGCGGUGGCAUUUAUUUGAUCCUUUUGCGUCGCAUCAAGCGAAAGGCCCCUCUCCCUCCUUGUGUCAAGGGAAGUUUCACAAUUCCUAACAAGAUGGAUCACUGUCAAACCCAGCAGGACAUAACUGAUUUUGAAGUGCUGAACUGCAAACGUACGCGCAAAUUCGGGGUGAUAUCACGAUCAUCUAAUCAAGGCUACAGGGAAAGUACUCCAUCACAGAUCCAAACCAAGAAUCAGUACUCCCUUUUUAAUACUGAUGUAGAAGUCAGUUCUUCACGAGAAGAGUGCAGCCCAGACCUGUCUCCUCAGACUAGAACGAUUCAUUCAUUCGAUGGAUCUGCUGGAACUCUGCCGGGGAGAAGUCACAGUCAGAUGUUGGAAUGCAAAAUGCAGUCCUUCACUAGUGAAGCUACUACCCAGCUGUUAGAGGGCAGUCACAUCUGGAAGAUGCAUAUGGUGAAAGGUCAUGAGGGUCUUGGAAUACAAAUAACAGGGGGACGUGGCUCCAAGCGCUCUUCUCAUGGAAUUAUUAUCACUCAUAUAGAGAAAGGGGGCGCUAUUCACAGGGAUGGCCGUCUUCAUGUUGGUGAUGAAUUACUGAUGGUUAAUGGUCAGUCUCUAGUGGGUCUCACACAUCAAGAGGCUGUUUCUGUCCUUCGCUCCACUACUGGUCUUGUCCAAUUGGUGGUAUCAAGUCAGGAGGAGUCAAAAGUGGAUUUUGAACAUUUUCCCUCCACAAGCCUUCCGGAUCUCAUCAGCACCUGCAGAUCCUCUUCAUCCCUGUUUCAGGCUGCACCCCCCUGCUUUUCCUUCAGUAGCACCACUGGUCUAAACAAUUUCUCUCUGUCAUCACCGCUGGAGAACCUAGAAGAGUUCAAUCAGGGGAAGGCAUCAGAAACAUGCCGCUGCAGUCCUACACCUAUGAAGCUAAACUGCCAAUCCCAAGGUGGCAGCAGUUGUCUGGAAUCAGUGGGCGAGGAUGAUGAGCUGUUUGUGGAGAGCAUCAUCAGCGGCAGUGAAGUGGCAGAGAAACCUCUAUCUGGUCGACGCAAACACUCCUUACCUCAUCAGCUGGACAGUGCUAGAGUCAGACAGGAACAUCAGAUAAUUAAGAAAUCAGCCCGCUCCAUGAGCACUGUUCAAGUACAGUCUCCCUGGCGACUGGCGCAGCCGUCUAUUAUCUCCAGCAUAGUGCUGAUGAAAGGCCAGGGGAAGGGCCUUGGCUUCAGUAUUGUUGGUGGGCAGGACUCAGCACGUGGCCAGAUGGGCAUUUUUGUCAAAACAAUUUUUCCUCAUGGAGCUGCUGCAGCUGACGGGCGACUGAAAGAGGGAGAUGAGAUUUUGGAGGUAAAUGGAGACUCUCUCCAAGGACUCACACACCAACAAGCCAUCCAGACCUUCAAGCAACUGAAAAGAGGGGUUGUCACCCUUACAAUUCGCACCCGUCUGCGCAGUCCCAGCCUGACUCCAUGUGGAACCCCAACCCUACCCAGUCGCUCCAGCUCAUCCAACUCUUAUACUAAUGGGGGCACACCUGUCCCAGUAGGCGUGGAAGAUGUUGAAGGCCACAAGGGUCCUGGUCUUGGUCCAAAAGACUGCAUUGUCAUGGAGGUUACUCUUAAUAAAGAACAUGGAGUUGGUCUGGGGAUUGGAGUCUGUUAUCUGAUGAAGGAGAACUCUGUUCCUGGUAUCUACAUCCACAGCUUAGCUCUCGGGUCCAUUGCCAAGAUUGAUGGAAGGCUCAGUCGUGGAGAUCAGAUUCUGGAGGUGGACUCUGUCAGUCUUCGUCAUGCUGCACUUAGUGAGGCUUACGCUAUUCUCAGUGAAUGUGGACCUGGUCCAGUCAGUCUCAUUAUAAGCAGACAUCCAGACGCCAAGGUAUCAGAGCAAGAAAUGGAUCAAAUUAUUGCUCAAUCAACCAAUAAGGACAAUGUAUUCAGUGACAGACCCUCCUCUCAUUGCCAAGGUCAGUCUUGUAAGAGCUUUUGGCCAGAUGUAAAGUCCAAUGUGGAGGACAGCCCCUCUGCGCUCAGCUGGACCAUGAAGAGGUUCCUUGAGCCUGUCAGCAGAGGAUCCCCGAGCUCCGAGACAGAAUUAUCCGAGUACUUCCCUCAUGAGAUUCCUGGCCACUCAGUCAUAUCUGUUCUGAAGAGCUCACACAGUAGUGAAGGGCUCCAUCUGCUGGGCAGCAGAGCCUCAAAAUAUGGCCUACUACAACCACAAGCAUGCAGCACCUCUGUGACAGAUGUUAACCACAGCCCUGGAGGAAUAACAUCACAUGACAAGAUUUCUGUCCCUUUCCGUCAGCAUACAGAGCCCCUUUGCCAGGCCCUCGCUGCCUCCAGUACCACCUCAAUGUGUUGGCAGAGCCCACCUCUUUGCCAACGAAAGGUCAUAUACUUAAAGGAUGAGAUCAGUGAUGAUGAGGCAUCAGAUAAAGCUGAAAACACUGAACCACUGACCCAGCAACAAAAAUCCACACCUCCACACUUUCCACAGAUGCUAUCUAACUCCAAACCAAGUGGAGCAGAGAUAGCAACAUGGCUGACGCCCAGACAGCUCUUUGAACGGGAAGAUUUCAGAGGUUUUCACACUGUUAUCUUAAAGAGAAAAGAAGAAGAGAUGUUUGGACUGGAACUGGAGAUUCUGUCAUCACCUCUGAGAGUUAUGAUUGCUGGUUUAAAGCCUGAUAGUGCUGCUGAAUGGGACUCUAAACUCUGCCCCGGUGAUGAGAUUGUGAAAAUUGGAGGUAAACCAGUGAACUCUUCAAGCUACCAGGAAAUCUGUGAACUUAUGCACCAUCUUCCAGUGAAGCUGUCUUUGGAGGUGAGGCCAGGAACUUCAGCUGUAGGACGGCUGUCCAGACCAUCACCCGGAGCAAGUGAUGAAGUUACAAGAUGGAACCCUACCCAGUCUGUGCAAGACACACCUGCUGUAGCUACAUGGAGAAACUCAGGAGAAUCCAAGAGCCCAACCCGAACUGGAAGUGAAUUUCAACCAGCCAUUACAAAAAUAAUUGAUGUCUCAUCUGAAGGCAGGAUUUCUUUAGAUGAAUACAAAUUCCCUUUUAAAAAAAUCUCUGACUCAUUUACCUCUGCAGCCCAGCUGGAGGAUGUCAGCAUCUGUGUUCAACAUAAUGUUUCCAAAAAUGUGUGUACAAAAGAAAACACAGAUGCUUCAGUGAGUGAAUCUGUCCCUGACAACAAUAGACUGGAAAGUGAAGUGGCUGUUGAGAUUACUUCAGAAUCUUUGAGAGAUCCGGGUCAGGCUUCAUCUAAAGUACCAUCAGAUGAAGAGAGCUCUACUGUUUCAUGUCUGCACUUUGAGCUUUGUCAAAUAACAGACGCCACCUCUGCAGAGCCAACAUGCACCAAGACAGGACAUGGACCAGCUGGAGAGAGUCCCAUUAACUGUACCCAAACAAAGACUUACUUCACACCAGGAAGCCUCUCCCAGCCAGACGCUGGCAUCACUCAGGUUCCUUCAGGUGUGUCUGGAGAUGAAUCACAGUCCUCAAACACUUCUUCCGCUGAAUCCAAGACUUCAGAUUCCAGUGGUGGAUCACAUUCAGGAGGUUCUGACUUUAAUAAUGAGAUCUUGAAAGGUGAAGCAGAGGCUAUGUUCAUUUUUAAGAACACAUCUGAUUUAAAGCCACUUAAUGAUUCAGCCUAUCCUGCAGAAAGUGGGAAAGUUGAACAUCAGCUGGCAGCUGGACUUCCAAAAUUAAACGUGUUAAGUAUUCAAAGUAUCAGUAUUGCACAGGAAGAACCUCAACUGAAAGCAUUCAGAAGUGAAAACCUCGUACCUUUAGACAGGAAUGUUGCCAUGAAAGAGUUUACCAAAUUUCAACCAACCACAAUCGUGUCCAGCUUCUUGAAUUCAAACAGGCAGUUGGAUGUGAACAUUGGCCAUGAAUUAUCCAGAGUCAGUGACAGAACGCACAAUGCAGCUCAGCGUGUGCUCUCUGGAAGCACCAUUCAAACUGUACAAUGUACCAAAGAAAAGAACAUCAUUUCUUAUUCCAAAUCAUCUGUCUUAUCACUAGAGCAGUCAUGCCCCUCUAUUACCCAGAGAACAUUCAUGGAACUUCAGUUGUCUCCAGCGCCUGGUCUCAUAUCACCACUAUUUAAAUAUAAUAAAGAAACAGCUUCAAAACUCACUAAAGACUCUAAAAGCAAAACAUAUGCAAGAUUAGCAUCUAAACUUUCUCCCAUUUCCAGGGGUGAAAUAACUAAUGGCAUGACCAAAGGUGAUACUGAAAAAGCUCAGCUAACCACAGCGGAUGACCCAAAACCAAGUCAAGUUCUGGUGUCAGGCGAGACCCUGAAAUUCAGCACAUCUCCACCAAACUGUCGAACCAUGGAAAGGUGGGGCUUAUCCAAGGGUGUCCCCCUGUCUGCAGGCUACAAGCCUUUUUCUGUUCGACAUAAAAUAAAGUCCUAUGAAAACCUUGCUAACUUGGAUAAACCGGUGGCUAAAAGCAGUGAUGUUCAUACUUUUGCAGUAGCAUAUACAGCGUCGCUUAACCAGAGGAUCGCUGGAUAUAUGGACUCGGUUAAUUCUGUUGACUGGCGGGGCCACCAAAGAAAUAACAGCUCUUACAACAACUGUUUGACAUCACUGGCAUCCCUUUUCCCUCCUCUAAGAAAAUCUGCAGGGAAUGAAAAUCAGAACGCCCCAGAUGGGAUUAUAUCCCAUAACCCUGUGGUGCUGCGAAGUAAACUUGGCAGACUUCCCACCCGGAAGAUGCAUCAGUCUAGGACUCUUAGUAUGCCCAAUUUAGAAAAACUGUGCACUGAUGACUUCAGUGGAGGAAAUGCCACAGCUGGAAAUAAAAAUGAUCCCAGCAUCUGCUUAACUGUUGCUCCAAAAGCCAACAUGACCAACUGUUUCUCGCCAGCUGCAAUAUUUAGAAGUGGUGAUGAUGUGACUUUUGAGGACACUCCUCAAGGAUCUCCAGACACCAGAUGGCCUGGCUGGUCUAUCAGGUUGAAAGAGUUGGUGGAAUAUCCUGUGCAUCAGCAUAAGCUGCAAGCAUUGCUUACCUCCCAGACAGCUCAGUCUUAUGUGAUGAGUUUGCUGGAAGAGACCAAGGUAAUACACAACAACAAUACUCUGCUGGUUGUCCUGAAUAAAGAAGAGGGUGCAGGACUUGGCUUUAGCGUUGCUGGUGGUGCCGACAUUGAUCAGAAGAAAAUAACUGUUCAUCGGAUUUUCAGCAACGGAGCAGCUGGCCUUGAAGGAACAAUUCAAAGCGGUGACACCAUUUUAUCUGUUAAUGGAACAAGUUUGAAGGGUAAAUCCCAUGUUGCAGUUGUGUCCUGCCUUCAUGAGGCCAGAUACUCCAAGCAAGCCUUAGUUGUCAUUUGGAGAAAUGAGGAAUGCAAGCAGAGCAUCUCUGACAAAGACUGUUGUCUUCAAACGAAAGGAAACAAGCUUGCGGAGGCACAUGCUGCUGUUGUUUAGGAACAUAUCUGAUAAAUGAACCAAACUUAUCAGUGGUUCUUGAGUUUACUACCAAGCCUUAUUGAAUUGGUCUGGUCCGGUGUGUAGAAUGUAGAAGUAUCAGGCUAAAUGUUGGCUACCACAACCUACUUUAAAAUUGUUAUGGGAGCAGAAAUGAUAAAAGUCUGUGUUUUAUUCCGUGUUAGGUAAAAUAACAAAGUAGAAAGGACAACAGUCUGCAACAUAUUGAAAAGAAACUGCAGGAUCUAAUUUGAUUCAGAGUACAUAACACCAAUUUACAACAAAUGUUGUGUCAAGGUACUUUACAAGAAAAUCAUUUCAAUUGGUCCAAGUAAUAAAACAGUACAGUAUGCUCAAAACAUUUUUCAAAGUAGAUUAAAAAGCUUCUUUCUAAGUAAACUCAGCAGAUUGCAUUGAGUCGAUAGCAUGCAGUAUUCAUUCCUCCUGGAUGAACAUGUAGAGCAAUCUCUUCCAUUGUCUCAAAGUCUCACAUAGAGAAGAAAAACCACUGUAACCAGAAGAAAUCCCUAGCAAAACCAUAACCGGGCUAAACACAAGUGCUCAUCUGUCAUGACCUACUAAGGGUUUAACAAGACAAAGCAGAAUGCACAAGAAACAGAUGAGCUGAUGUAUGAUUGUUUUUGAUGUUCAUAAAAUUAAUAGCAGGAGAGGGAGAACAAUUCGUUAAUAUGAGCAUUAUCUCAGUCGAUGCCGUCCUCCAGGAAGGAAUUACAGGCAAUUGGGAUGAAAGACGAGGUGAAGCUUCAAUGGAAGGAAUAUUAACUGACAGAAAAAGUUAACAGUUGAAGUAAGAGCAAAUAAUGCAAAUUGGAGAGGAGCUGAAGAAGAAAGUCAGCAGAAGUGGUCAGUUUGUUCUAAACCACUGGAGAACAAAGACAAUGUCAAAAAUAGCCCAGUCUUUUUGUUAGUAGUCAUUGUCAUUGUUUGUGCUGAAUGGUAUCACCUGGAAAAGGCAUUACUGGCUCUUUAUCUGCCUGCCUAUUUUUAAAGAACCAGAAAAAUACUAAGCAUUUUUCUGGUUCAUAAUUUCUUUUUUAUAGCACAAUCAAGUUACCUUCAGUUAUAAAAAUGCUGAAUAUCAAACACUGAGCAUUUGAUGCCUUGAUAUGAUGAUACUCUUUCUGACACUCUGCCUUCAGGAUAUUAUCACAACAUGGCUCCUCUAUUAUGCUAUUCACAACAAGUGUUGUUGGUAGGAUGAGCUCAGCAGAUAUGCAGUUCCACCAAGUGUUUGCUAUCAGCUCCUGCUGCUCGUCUGCUGGAGUCUCCUCUGGAGAUUCAAGAACUCCUCAAACAUGCAUGAAAGAAUCAAAGCAACAUUUCAGGUAUGUUUUUGACUUUAGACAGGGGAGCAGUUUUAGCUCUCACAAAUAAACCUUAGUAGCAAGUGCUUCAGUAACAAAGGCUGAAUAUUGAAACUUAUUUGGUAAUUCAAAACAAUAUUUAUACUGUACCAAGGAAGAGCCAGGAGCUGAGUAUUUAAUGUGAGAUCAACAACUGCCUUUUGGUAAGAACUUUAUACAUUUGGGUAACAUUGUACGGUCAGCACAAUGAGAAAAAAUCUUCUCAAGGAUUUCUUCAAAUCAGCUCCUGGCAGACGUUUUAAUGCUGGUUCAACCAAUCUGAUCAAAGUGCCCAUCAAGGCUGGGACAUCGGAGCUUGAUCAGGAGCAAAAUUGCAAUUGCAAUAAUAUAACCUAAAUAAAGCACCAACCAUAGAAAUGCAUAUAAGAGCCAACAUAACCCUCUUGCUGCUGCAUUUUAAGACUGAGUUAAAUGACAAGAGAGAUAAUUGUGAAUUUAAAUCAAAAUGGAAUCAAAUGUUUUUGUUAUGUGACAGUUUUUAUCCCCUUCAUUUUAGUCUAGAAUGAGUUCAGUCCCUGAUUUGCUUUUUCAGUAUUUUGUUUUUGUUGUGUUGCUGUUUUUCAAUUAGUUUUUGUAAAAGUAUUGCAAAAUUAUUUUGGCAUGUUUUUGUGUGGUUUUCAUUAAAAUUAAAGUGAUUAAAAAUUAUUAAAACAUAUUAU